CCGUAUCUGGAUUCUCGAGUCGGCCUUCUCUCCUCCUCUCCCUCCUUCCCUCGCACUGUGUAGGCCACUCAGAAAAACUAAAUUCUCACAGUCCGACCAAAUUCUCCCAUCUCUUUUACCUUCUGCUAUCUUCCGAAACCGAUUUUUAUUAAUUGCCAAGGUUAAAGCAGCAGCGAGGUUGAAGAUUCUGGAAUGGGGACUGAAGCUGGCUGGUUCAUUCUUGGUCAAGAUCAACAACUGAUUGGCCCUUAUACAACUGCUGAGUUAAGAGAGCAUUAUUCAAAUGGGUAUCUUGUGGAGAACACCCUUGUGUGGUCGGAAGGGUGGAAUGAUUGGAAACCGCUCUCUUCAAUUCCUGGGCUGUUGACGGAUCUUCCUAAACUCAGUGCUGGUUCUCCAAAUGGUGUGGUCUCUGUUAACGAUGAAGAUGAGUUUGAAAAGUUUCAAAAGGAGAUCAAACAGGCUGAAGCUGAGGCUGAACAAGAGAUCAAUGGUGAUAUAGAGAGGCCUUCCACUCCACCCGAGGGAGAAGAAGAAUUCAUUGAUGAUGAUGGUACACAAUAUAAGUGGGACAAAGUUAUUAGGGCUUGGGUUCCUCAGGAAACUGCAUCUGAAAGCAAUAUGUAUGGUAUGGAAGACAUGGUUUAUGUGAAAGAGGAUGAAGUCUUUCCAACACUAGAAGCGGAGGAUAGCAAGGAAUCUAAUGAAAGUAAGGAAAGAAACAGUAGCAAGAGAAAACUGCCUGAGGAAACUUCUGAGAAGAAGGAAGCCAACAAACCCCCUGAUAGCUGGUUUGAAUUAAAAGUAAAUACUCAUGUAUAUGUGACCGGAUUACCAGAAGACGUUACCGUUGAGGAGAUUGUUGAAGUAUUUUCCAAGUGUGGAAUCAUAAAAGAGGACGUGGAUACAAAAAAGCACAGAGUGAAGAUUUAUUUUGACAAAGAAACUGGAAGGAAAAAGGGUGAUGCUCUGGUUACAUAUAUGAAGGAAGCUUCUGUUGAACUUGCCACCAAGAUUCUGGAUGGGGCACCACUGCGGCCUGGUGACAAGAUUCUUAUGUCAGUUACACGAGCUAAGUUCGAACAGAAAGGAGAUAAAUUCAUAACCAAACAAAUAGAUAAGCAAAAAAAGAGGAAGCUUCAAAAGGUUGAACAUAAGAUGCUUGGUUGGGGUGGUCGGGAUGAUGAAAAAGUGUCAAUUCCAGCCACUGUUGUUCUUCGUCAUAUGUUUUCACCAGCUGAGCUAAGGGCAGAUGAGAGUUUGCUGCCUGAGUUGAAGGAAGAUGUUAAGGAGGAGUGUGCAAAACUAGGACCUGUUGAUUCAAUUAAGGUAUGUGAGAAUCAUCCACAAGGAGUUAUUUUGAUCAGAUUCAAAGACAGGAAGGAUGCACGGAAAUGCAUCGAGUUGAUGAACGGCCGAUGGUUUGGUGGGAGACAGGUACAUGCGAGUGAGGACGAUGGUUCUGUGAACCACUCUCUGGUGAGAGAUUGGGAAGGGGAAGCUGAGAGGUUGGAGAAGUUUGGGGCUGAGCUAGAAACCGAUGACACCCACUCCAGUAAAAUCUGACUCUCCCACGUAAAAUUCCAAAUUUACCCUAUUACUGUUGGAAUGCUUCUGUUUAACCGAUUGUGUAUGUUACACUCACCCCUAGUCCAUAUGUGGAAUAUGAUAGAAGAGAUUAUAUAUGGGCAUCUUUACAAAAAUCACUAAGACUAUUUUUAGCUGGAUUUGGUCUAUUGAAGUCCAGUUCUUUUGACACUAGGGCUAGUGUCAUAAUAUGACACGGAUCCAUUUAAAGAUCCCGUUGCUCUGUUUGAUCCCAAACUCACAAACUUUUCUCCCUAGUUUGCCCUUUACCCCUCUCUUGUGGUUUUGCCCAUAUGCUACAGUGAACAUUGUAGCACAUGAGUGAAACAGGGUGAGAAGGUUGGGUGUUUGUAAGGGGAGAAUGAAUCACUCCAGGAUCGAACGGAACAUUGUAAGAGCCUUAAAUGGGUCCAGUGCAAAAGAACCAGGAUGUGGUCUAGAUAUCAAAUUUUUUUAAUGAAGGCUAAAAGUUUUG